AUGAAGGGGUGGGGAAGGAAGGGAGGGUGGGAGGAUGGAGGAGGAAGGAAGGAGGAGGAAGGAGGAGGAAUGAAGGGUGGGGAGGAAGGAGGAGGGAGGGGAGGAAGGAGGAGGAAGGAGGGUGGAGGAAUGAAGGAAGGGAAGGGGGGGUGGAAGGAAGGGAGGAAGGGUGGAGGAGGGAUGAAGGGAAGGGAGGGUGAGGGAGGAGGAGGAGGAAGGAGGGUGAGGAGGAAUGGAAGGGGUGGAGGAAGGAAUGGAGGAAGGAGGAGGAGGGAAGGGAGGAGGGUGAGGGAGGAGGAGGGAGGAGGAGGGUGA